GUAACCUACUGUGAUAAAACAUAUACCCGUAUACUAGGUAUUCUAUAGGUCGGACCUUUACUGCGAGGAAAUUCCUUAUGCCAAUAUACGGUAAGGGCUGUGGAUAUCUACCUGGUUUAAAUCAGACAUGAAUUGAUUUACCUGUACAGGUGAAGGAGAAAAGAUGCCGAUGGAUAUGUUCAAUCAGCUGUUAUAUUGGUGAAUUACGGAGACAUGAAGAAUGCUAGAAUCAUGACAUAAACUUGUCAGAGUACGACUUUCUCGUGACAAGUUUUGGAAGUGGUGAUGGUGUCUAGUUAUAACAGUGGGGAUCGACUGUCGAAGUUCUACUAGCAAUACCAAAGUGGUAUAGAUGUUAGUGUUACAACGAUCAUCUUAUACAAAAGUCACGAAAGUACCUCUCAGCGGAAUAUAAAGGCUUCAUAACGUCUCACGGGACACGUGUUGGAUAGAGUUGUCUGAUGACCUUGUGACCCGUAAUCAUAAUGUCAGAAAUGGAGUUAAUGCGACCUUCACCCGUAGACUCGGGGGUCACCUAUGACAAAAAAGACAUACGGGCCGCCCUUGCUGCCCAUAAUGCUCAGAAACAGAAGAUGGGGUUUGGUCAGCCAGCUCCUCUAAAAGACAGUCCAAGGAUGGCGAGCUUCAGAAGGCGGGCUAUCAAGGACUUGUCUCCCAUGUCUAUGAACAGUGAUAGUCCCAGUUUUACGACGGGAUCAUCACGGACAAUGUAUGGCGCCAGUAUCACCCCUCUUAAGAGUAUUAUCAGUGAGAGUCCUUAUACAUCUAUAAGCCAACAGAUCCUACCAGCAAAAGACUUGCCGAUGAUCAGUAAAUCUGCCCCUCUUAUUCAGGACGUAACACCAAGUUGGAAAGGAUCUUCUACUAAUCCAAAGCUACGUCAUAUGUCUUUCAACACCGGAAGUCGACCGAAACUACCAGACGAUGGUGAUUUUUCAGUCAACCCAGAACCAGUACCAUUUCAACCUCAAAAUUUCAUGUCUUCCACUUCCAUGAAGAAAGUUCCGAUUCCAAAGCGUCACCUGGAUUCCUUUGGGGGUUAUGAAUACAGUAUGGGUUCUAAACGAGGGAUAAUUCUUCAUACAGAUAGAUACCAGAAUUCCUACUCGAAAUCACGCAUCCCAGAUCAGUGGGAUUCGCCUAAAGUGUUCGAAGGUUUAAGCCAGAGGGAGAGGUUACGGGCAGAGCUUGAAUACAUGGAAAGACUCCGAUACGUGAAGCGUCGACGAGAGGUGCUACCCCACCGUGCUCAGAUUGACCUUCUGAUGGGAGGCAAGAAGGUGGAAUUCGUAGAAAGGUUCGAUAUUCAAAAAGAAAUCCAGAAAUUAAAAUCACUUAUAAUGCCUCAAAACGCCAGGGAUUUGUUCCAUGGAAGAGGAAUCCCUCUACCUACGGAGCACUCUUCUGUGAAGCCCCGCCGGCCGCCCCUAAUAGACUACGAUAGUGACGAGGAGAUAACCUCGUCUGCUCGAAGCACGUUCCAACGUUCCAAGUAUUCUCAUGACCCCGAUAUGAGGGGGUCAAAAACAAAAUCACGGCGUAACUAUGAUGGUCAUCUGCCGAGAAUUAACACCAGAUCUUCCAUGUUAGGAUACGGAUCCUCGGCACCCAUCAUACUGGCCAGAGAAAGGCGCACUGUAGAUCAAAUAAAAGCUAGAAUUAGCAUACCUGCAGGUACCCAGCCUGCUUACCUGCGUCGCUCCCGAACAAAUGUCUCCAAGUUCGAUGCCAUGCCGAGAAGUUACACGUCGGUGCACGGUCGUCCGGAUAGAGAGCUAAAAGUUACUCCGAAGGCAGAAAAUGUCCGACGAGUUGACAUCCCAUCUGCAGGUGCCAUCCCUAGAAUACCCCAGUCACGUGGUGGACGGCCUGGUACUAACCCAGAACCAGGAAAUAUAGAAAUUCCGGAAGCGAAAGAAAAUGUUGAGCAGGACGACCCGUCCUCUAUGGAGGUAUACGAGGACCUAACAGACCGUCAAAAGAUGAUGCCAAGUAGGACGUCUAAAACGGCCAGUCCUGUCAAACCACCUGCCACUCCGAAUCCAUUACGGGGAAGUGAAUUACCACAGAUGAUUCCGGAAACAGAACGUAGCGAACUUCAUGCAACUUUUAAGAAAUUAGACACAGAUUCAGAUGGGCAUUUAAAGUAUGACCAACUGCAAACACAGUUACCUAAACAGAUGUCUCAACAACAGGAGCGCUUCCUUAAGGAGGUUUACGACAUUACAAGUUCCAACACAUUCUUCGGUGUAGACGAGUUCCUGUUGAUGUCUUCCCUAACAAAACUAGUGACAAAUAUGAGUGACUCCCUGCAGACUACUUUCCAGAAGUUGAAUUUUAAUAGCUUAAAGGCUGAUAUAAUAGCUUUCGUGGAAAUCUUCCAAUCAGUAGACAGAGGCCAGAAGGGAAAGAUCUCCCUGGAUUCUCUCCGAGAAGUGCUGAAUGGCGUAUUGGGACGCGACCUUCACAGUGACGCGACCCUCUGGGACAAAAUCGUGGACACCGUUAACCCCAGCGAGGCUAUCCAGAUCACGAAGAUCGAGUUCCUAGCUUACAUCCCUUAUUUCAUGUCGUUGAAACAAUCUUGAUGUGACGCCUUCCUGGACCACAGACAUUCUAUAAAACAGUGACCGACAGUCACCGUAAAUUAACUUUUGAUUGAUAAUCGUGAAAGCUGAUCUGUUAACGACUGACCAUGGUUACAGUCGAUAUCAUCACAGUGAAUUCAUCAUGAUGAUGACACAAUUUGUUUCCGAAAAGGUCAUUUUUGUCUUCAGUUAUGAGCUACAUCUUGAUGAAGAAUAAUUCCGAACACUCCAACAACAGGAGUAUUGCAGGGUUUACAGCAGUGUUGAUGAACAGGACAAUUGUUGUCGUAGUGAUGUCUUCAAUUGAAUAUAAAACCCGAUUUCUCUCCCAGUAAACUGUGCUGCCAAUAUAUACCAUGUACGGUAUAUCACUUCAGGAGAUAAAGUGAUACGAUUUUAGAUUUAUCAUUGUAUUCUCUGAAAAACAUUCUGUGAUCAUCGUUCAUUUUCUAGUCAUAUUAUAUUUAUUUGCAUGCUUUGUCUAAUCGUCAACAUGUUUUUGAUAUCAUCAUCGGAAUGGAUGCAUUAUGGAAAUAAAUGCAUUUUCGCUCUGAAAUAAUUUUGGUCUGGGUUAAGUUUUGCCUUGUUUCAUUAGCAUUACACAUAUCUUGCUACACUUUAAAUCACUGCUCAAUGAAAUACGUUAUGUGGCUUAAAGCUACAUGUACAUCGGUUUAAUAUUUUAAACCAUCAAUUAGAAAAUUGCAUCAGAUAAUUUUAGAUUAAAUGCAUCUUAAAGAUAAAAUAAUAUUAUCUUGUUACUUCAAAAUAUCAUUUAAUAUUCCAUAAUGUUUGAUAUACUAAAUUUAACUUUAGAGGCAACUCAAAUCACAUAUUUCGAAAUCAGCGAAAAACUUAACGUUUUGCUUUUUGAGGCAGUAUCGUGACGUAUUACCCAUGUAUGUUAAUAAUCAAUAUUUCAUUAAUUUAGCUGGAAAUUAUGGUUAUGUAUAUGUAUUGAUAUCAUACAUGGCUACUUUAAGCUAUUUUGAAGUUUAUGUUUCAUGGUGUUGUACUUCGCUUCACUCAUGAUGUUUUCGGUGUGUGUCUACGUAUUUGUAUAUCGCAAUAUAUUUAUUUACAAACCGUUUCUCACUUAACAAGAAUUCUGUCCCGAAAUCAUCGAAUCGGUCAUCAAAAUCUAUGAUUAUGUGUUAAUUUCGAUUGAAAAUGGGACAUUUUUGUCAGCUUGUACAAUGUCUUGCAACCUGCAGGAAUACGACUGUCAAUCGAAAUAGCAAAUUAAUUAGUUACCUAACCAGCCAACCCUUUAAGCGUAUGAUCAGUGUCUUUAUAAUUUUCAAUUUGAAAUAAAAAUGUUUCAUUCUCAUA